AGUGUCAAACUCAAUUUUAUCAUGGGCCGAAUCAGCAGCAUCAUUGCCCUCAAAGGGCCAGCUGUAUCUCAGUGCCACCCACCUGUGCCCAGCAGUGCCGCCCACAAGUGCCCAUCAGUGCCACCCACCUGUGCCCAUCAGUGCCUAGCAGUGCCACCCACCUGUGCCCAUCAGUGCCACCCAUCAGUUCCCUGCAGUGCCGCUAGUCAGUGCCCAGCAGUGUUGCCAGUCAAUGCCACCCAUCAGUGCCCAUCAGUGCUGCCCAUCAGUGCCCAU